AGUCCCGCGCCCGGCCCGGCCCGGCCCGGCCCGGCCCGCCGGCCCCAUGAGGGAGUACAAGGUGGUGGUGUUGGGCAGCGGCGGCGUGGGCAAGUCCGCCCUGACCGUGCAGUUCGUCACGGGCACCUUCAUCGAGAAGUACGACCCCACCAUCGAGGACUUCUACCGCAAGGAGAUCGAGGUGGACUCGUCCCCCUCGGUGCUGGAGAUCCUGGACACCGCCGGCACCGAGCAGUUCGCCUCCAUGCGGGACCUCUACAUCAAGAACGGGCAGGGCUUCAUCCUGGUCUACAGCCUGGUCAACCAGCAGAGCUUCCAGGACAUCAAGCCAAUGAGGGACCAGAUUGUCCGAGUGAAGAGAUAUGAAAAAGUUCCUCUAAUCCUAGUGGGGAAUAAAGUGGAUCUGGAAUCCGAGAGGGAGGUCUUAUCUGCAGAAGGCAGAGCUUUGGCUCAGGAGUGGGGCUGUCCAUUCAUGGAAACAUCGGCCAAGAGUAAAACCAUGGUGGAUGAACUGUUUGCUGAGAUCGUCAGGCAAAUGAACUAUGCGUCCCUGCCUGAAAAACAAGAUCAGUGUUGUACAACUUGCAUCGUCCAGUGAGAAAAAAUAAAGAAAAACCUCAAUCAUGGCCAUACAGAGCAGAUAAAACUCAGAGGAAACUUGCACAGAUGCUGCUUUGGAGAACUCUUUCAGACCAGGUUGCAGAGCUGAGCCUUGGUAAACCUGUCUCUAUUACAGCACAUUGCCAUACAUCUAAGUGCAUAAGGUCAGUGGCCUUCAAGAUCCACAGACCUUAAACAGGAAUGCUUAGCAUGUUUACCAUAAGUUAAAAUCUGUUCUUUAUCUUCCUUUUCUAGCUUUCUAAGUUCAUAUUAAUGGCUAAUAUGCAAGAAUUCAUUUUUAAUAUUUUAAUUGAUUUCUUUAAUCAAUUUCUGAACUUGUAUUUAUUAAAUACUUAAACUCAGUAUUACCUACUCAAUGCCUUUUAAAAAAAGAUUUAAUGGAGAAUAAAUUGAGCCUUAAACAAAUGGUUACUUCUGUAUAUUACCUCGCAUCAAUGCUUAGUUCUAUUUGCAAAGUUUUCUCCUACAAUGUAGUUGGUCAAUACUUUGAGACUUCAUGUUUACGUGUGACAGUGUCAUGAAAAGAUACUGAAGACACCUCUUACGUUGUAUGGAUGUAAUAUCCCUUUUCUCAGUCAUAUGGAGUUUGUGAUAGUGUAUUUAUAAUUGGCCUGGUAUGACAAUAGGGAUUAUUUGAAAUGGGCUGUGAAGCAUCCAGCUAAUGUGUUCUUACUUCACAAUACUGUGGGGUUUCAGACUUUUUAUUAAUGGUAAUUGCAGUGUUGAAAUGAAGUAGUACGUUUUUCCAUUCUGUUAAGUUUCUAAAUUUGCUAGUUUAUGAUCUGCUUCAGUAUGCCUUUGAAAAGGGAUAACGUAUCCUCCAAACUGGGUUGUAUGCCUAACCAGAGUUAGCUCAAGUUUGCCCAGCACAUUAAGUGACAUCUAGUGGACCUCUGCACUUGUAAAUCUAAAUGCAAAUAAAAUGAUCUUACAUUUUAUAAUUCCUAAUUGUCUUUCUGAAUAAUAUUUUAAAGCAAUAUUUGUUAACGUUUUUCUUGCACUGUCACAAAUAGCUUUUUAGUUGUUUUUUCCCCCCCUAAACAAGUUAGCGUUAGAGACAAAGUUGGUGUAACAAGGGGAAAAGCACCAGAUUUCAGUGAUAUUAACUGCAAAUGUGCUUUAAACAGCCAUUGCCUUCCAUGUUGUUUACCUGUUCAACAUUUUGUCUGAAUACUUGAAAACUUUAACAAUAACACAGGUAUUAAAGCAGAAUGAAAAUGUAUAAAGAGCAGAUGAAAUCUUUGUUCAGUUUUAUUAACAAUUAUUGCAUACAUGAGAGCUUUUUCUAGUGGUGGUUUAAACUGUGUCAUUUGUUUUGCAGAAGUUUAAUAACUGCAGCUUACCUACUGCACCAAAGUUCUAGGUUUUUAGGAGCCCAGCUUUAGUCAUUUGAACACGCUUCUAAUAAAUAUAACUAUCCAUUUUCCCCGUAAUAGCUCCAGUAAAAGCAGUGAUGGAUAUGCGAGGUGAAGCAAUUUAAAAUUCACUAAAUAUAUUGUGGAUGAUGGCAUGCAAACAAAACUGCAAAUGAAGUCACCAGUAUAGUAUCUCAACGUUCAUGUUGUUUACUGGGUUAAUAGAACACAGGAUCUUAAGACUUACAGUAUUUAGCAGAAAUUAAGAUUUUAUUGACUAUGUUCUUAGUGUUGAAUUUUAAUUUCAAUGAGAAUAAAUUCUCUAUGGUUUCUGCUUUGAUAUCAGAACACCUCAUUUUGCUGUGUGGUUACUUAAAACACUUUUCCCUGUUUGUACAAACUUUUAUAAACAGGCCGAGGCUAAUAUUUAGGUUUGCACUUUAAUACCAGAAUUAAACCAAACCCUGUAUUCAAAGUAGAUUUAAAUGGUGAUUGUUGGUCUUUUAGUAGAUAUACCAAGUAAUAGGAAAUAAACAUAAAUCGUUAAGAUCUUAGUUUUCCAUUGUCUAAGGGGAAAAAAGUUGGGUUGAUAUCAGUUGAUGGUUCUUUCCUAUGGGUAGUUUAUCAAACAAAAGUAUUCAUUUCAUUGACCUCAGCAAAAAAACUUGACUUGAACUAGCUUAGAGUGAUAAGGAUGGGAAAAUGAGAUAAAGAUGGUUUCUUCAGCACACUUUGAAAAAAGGGACCAAAAGUUAUUUUUAGGCUUCCUCAAUAGAUUGCAUGUGAAGUUGCUUAUUAGAAUAAGAAGCUAAUAAUAAAUGCAAUAUAUGUAUUGUCUCUACUAUGGCAUCUGUUUAGGAGUUGUUCAAAUCACUGCAGUAGGGCUCUACAAAUAAAAUGUAACCUAACAUCAUAUAUCUAAUGUACUGUAUCUUUAUCAGUGAGAGGUGAAAUCUGGAAUAACAAGUGCAAAAAUUGAACAAUUACCUAUAAUGCUUUGUAAAAAGUUUUUCCGAUAGAUUUCAUUCUUGUCAUUUUGUAAGACAACCCUACGGUCCACCUGUUUGUAACUUUUUUAAUAAAAUAGAUAUCUGUAUUACCAAA